UUCAUCUCUCCGUCCUCUGCGUCGUCGUCGUCUUCUUCUUCUCGACGAAGAAAGAGAGAGAGAGAGAAAACGCCGAGCGACGAAGAAGAUUCUAAUCUCUUCGUGUGGUUUAGCUCUUGAAUAGCCAAGGGUGAUGCGAUUUUCUCCCGGCGGUAUUUGAUUCGUUUCUCGAGCUGAGGGGGAGGACAAAUUGACUAGAGAUGAUGGGUUUGGAGAUUUCGGAUGAAUUUCUGGGAACAUUCGUGCCGAUUCUGGUGUAUUGGGUGUAUUCAGGGAUGUACAUUUUCUUAGGAUCUUUGGAGAGAUAUAGAUUGCAUUCUAAGAUAGACGAGGAUGAGAAGAAUCUCGUUACCAAAUCUGCCGUCGUCAAGGGCGUACUUCUUCAACAGAUUUUGCAGGCCAUUAUCUCCGUUAUUCUAUUCAAGAUAACAGGAAGUGAUGCAGAUGCUGCUACGACGCAGCAACUUUCCCUUCUCCUUCUGGCUAGGCAAUUUAUUAUCGCUAUGCUAGUGAUUGACACUUGGCAAUACUUCAUUCAUCGAUAUAUGCACAUCAACAAGUUCUUAUACAAACACAUCCAUUCUCAACAUCAUCGCCUUAUCGUGCCUUAUGCAUAUGGAGCAUUAUACAACCAUCCAUUAGAAGGUCUUCUCUUGGACACCAUUGGUGGUGCUUUGUCUUUCCUCUUCUCUGGUAUGUCCCCAAGAACCGCCAUCUUUUUCUUCUCCUUCGCUACCAUCAAGACAGUAGAUGAUCACUGUGGACUAUGGCUCCCGGGAAAUCCAUUUCACAUCUUCUUCAGUAAUAAUUCUGCUUACCAUGAUGUUCAUCACCAACUCUACGGAAGUAAAUACAAUUUCUCGCAGCCAUUCUUUGUCAUGUGGGAUCGGAUUCUUGGCACUUACUUGCCUUAUUCACUCGAGAAAAGAGCCAAUGGGGGAUUUGAAACACGGCCAAUCAAAGUAUCCAAAGAUGAGUAACUUUCGUUUCUUUGUUUUUUUGGAGGGGCUUCUUAUCACUGCUAAGUUCCUUUAUCAUUUGCUCGCUAGAGAAUCAUCGUAACCUUUGUGUACGUGUAACUUGUACAUACAAUUCCAAUCUCUCCUUUUCGAUCUGCGAGCAUAUGUUUCUGUGUAAGCUAGCAGUAAAAUUCGUUUUGUAUUAGUCAAAACUUCAGAUAUUCUCUGUCGUUCUUAUCUGCUUGUAAUUUCAGAUUUUGAGACCUGUGAGAGUCUCAUUCAUCUUCUUUA